CCCUGGCGGACGACGCGCGCCGCCGCUCCGGCCCGGGGCUGGCUGCUGGCUUUCAGCCCUUGCGGUGCCGAAGCGGCUGAAGAAAACACCCUUCCCGCUCCCUUCCCCUCAUUUUCCGGUCUCUUCCUGGUUUCUCCUAUGGCCUGUUCGACGGCCACCUAGGUCGGGCGUCUGUGGCUGCAGGCUGCGCGCCUCGGAGCGCUGGGCUGCCGGCUGCCUCGGGCGGGGCUGGCCGCCGCGGUCUCCAUGGUGACGGCCCCGCCGGUGUCCGGGCCUCUGGGGGAAGAUGCGGCCUGCCGGGCCCGCCGCCUCGCCCCCGGCCUCCCGGCCCGGCCGGGGUCACUGAGGAGCGGGGGCCCGGCCGGCAGCCUGCCGGGCAGCGGGCACCAGUGAAGUCGUACUCUCUGGCUGGAGACACAGAUGGCCUCAAAUGAGAGAGAUGCCAUAUCGUGGUAUCAGAAGAAGAUUGGAGCAUAUGAUCAGCAGAUAUGGGAAAAGUCAAUCGAACAGACUCAGAUUAAGGGCUUCAAAAACAAACCAAAAAAAAUGGGCCACAUAAAGCCAGACUUGAUUGAUGUUGACUUAAUCAGAGGCUCAACAUUUGCCAAAGCCAAGCCUGAGAUUCCAUGGACAUCCCUCACUCGGAAGGGGCUUGUUCGAGUGGUGUUUUUUCCGUUGUUCAGCAGUUGGUGGAUUCAGGUUACCUCUCUCAGAAUCUUUGUUUGGUUGCUGCUGCUUUACCUCAUGCAAGUAACAGCGAUUGUGUUAUAUCUCAUGAUGCCUAUUGUGAACGUGAGUGAAGUGCUCGGACCGCUGUGCCUUAUGCUCCUCAUGGGAACUGUCCACUGUCAGAUCGUGUCGACUCAGAUAGCCAGGCCGUCCGGGAACAAUGGGAAUAGGCGAAGAAGAAAAUUACGAAAAGCUGUAAAUGGUGACGGGAGCCGAGACAAUGGAAACAACUCCUCUGAUAAAGUCAGAGCAGUAGAAACUCUAGAGUCUGCACCCAGUGUUGGUGGGUUUUGGGGGACUCUCUUUGGCAACAGGAAUAAAAGGGUGAAAUUAGUAUCUAACAAAGGGACUGAAACUGACAAUGACUCAGGCUGUUUCCAUCCUAUCAUUAAGAAGAGACAGGGUCGACCAGAGAUCAGAAUGUGGCAAGCAAGAGAGAAAGCGAAGGUUUCGGAUGGAGAAAAGUGCCAUAGGGAGGCAUAUAGACGUUUGGGUAAUGGAAUUUCAGAUGAUCUGUCAAGCGAGGAGGACGGUGAAGCUCGGACACAGAUGAUAUUACUGCGUAGGAGUGUGGAAGGGGCAUCAAGUGACAAUGGUUGUGAAGUUAAGAAUAGAAAAUCAAUACUUUCAAGGCACCUAAACUCUCAGGUAAAGAAAACCACGACAAGAUGGUGUCAUAUAGUACGGGAUUCAGAUAGUCUGGCUGAAUCAGAAUUUGAGUCAGCAGCCUUCAGCCAGGGUUCUAGGUCUGGUGUGAGUGUUGGCUCUCGGAGCCUUAACUUGUCAAGAAGAGACUCAGAAAGUACCCGCCAUGACUCAGAGACCGAAGAUAUGUUAUGGGAUGACCUUCUCCAUGGCCCAGAGUGCCGGUCAUCUGUCACCAGUGACAGUGAGGGGACUCACGUAAAUACCCUUCAUUCAGGGGCGAAACGUGACCCCAAAGAAGAUGUUUUUCAGCAGAACCAUUUAUUCUGGCUUCAGAAUUCAAGUCCUGCCUCUGAGCGAGUUAGUGCAAUAAUCUGGGAAGGAAAUGAGUGCAAAAAGAUGGACAUGUCUGUGCUGGAGAUAAGCGGCAUCAUCAUGAGCAGGGUCAAUGCUUACCAGCAAGGAGUCGGCUAUCAGAUGCUGGGGAACGCCGUCACCAUUGGCUUAGCAUUUUUCCCAUUUUUAUAUCGGCUUUUCAGAGAGAAGAGUUUUGACCAACUAAAGUCCAUCUCAGCAGAGGAGGUCCUGACCCUCUUCUGUGGUGCACCACCUGUCACACCUGUUGUUAUUUUGUCUAUAAUUAAUUUUUUUGAAAGACUGUGUCUUACUUGGAUGUUUUUUUUCAUGAUGUGUGUGGCAGAGAGAACAUAUAAGCAGAGAUUUUUAUUUGCAAAACUCUUCAGCCAUAUUACUUCUGCCAGGAAAGCCAGAAAAUAUGAAAUACCUCAUUUCAGACUUAAAAAGGUGGAGAACAUUAAAAUAUGGUUAUCACUGCGUUCCUAUCUAAAGAGGCGGGGUCCACAGCGCUCAGUGGAUGUGGUUGUGUCAUCUGUCUUCUUGCUGACACUUUCAAUUGCUUUCAUUUGUUGUGCACAGGUUCUUCAAGGUCACAAAACCUUCCUGAAUGAUGCUUACAACUGGGAGUUCCUGAUCUGGGAAACAGCACUGUUGCUUUUCUUGCUUCGCCUGGCCUCGCUGGGGUCAGAAACCAACAAGAAAUACAGCAACGUUUCCAUCCUGCUCACGGAACAGAUUAAUUUAUAUCUUAAAAUGGAAAAAAAGCCAAAUAAGAAAGAACAGCUCACUCUUGUAAACAAUGUAUUGAAGCUGUCCACCAAGUUGUUAAAGGAGCUGGACACACCAUUUAGACUCUAUGGACUGACCAUGAACCCCUUAAUCUACAACAUCACAAGAGUAGUCAUCCUUUCUGCUGUCUCAGGAGUCAUAAGCGAUCUUCUAGGAUUCAACAUAAGACUGUGGAAAAUUAAGUCCUAAGCUGAGUUGUGUGCCUGGACUCUUUUCUGGCUGAUGUCGCUCACUGCUUACCCACUGAGGACAAAAAUGGCUUACUUGAACCAGUGACCCCACCUGCUGGCUGAUGUGCAUAAGCCUCUCUGCUCUGGCAAGCCUAUCGAAUGGAGUUUCCAGCGGGGCACAUCCUUUCCCUGGGCGUGUGUGCUAAAACCUGCACUUUCACGGUUCUCAAGCAAUGUGAACAGUCAGCAAACUAAAGCCUGCCUGACAGUGACACGGACCUUCUGUGUCAGGACAUGCAUGCUGGACCCUCCAGUAUCGUGCUAGUUCUAUUUACUGGAAGUAGGCUUUUGGGUAACCAUGGUAGAUGCCCAGAGCAUGAAGCAAGUAUCUUUUAUUGGAAACAUGCAAAUUCAGUACUUUUCCAAUAUAGUCCAUGGAUUGGAGAUUUCUCUAUCAAAGAGACAUAAACUAUUUUAGGUUAAAUCCAAAUAAAAGAACUUUACUGGAGAAUUUCAGUUUCUAGACUUUUUGCAGGGUGGGUGGAGAAAUACAAUAACCUUCUAAGCUGAAUUUCUCUUCAUUUGUAGAUAAAUUUUAAUUUAUGAUUUGAGUUAAGCCUGUAGCGUGGUGAAGUCAUGCAUACUCAUGAGUAAUGCAGCCAUGCACAUUGGAUAGCGUGGUUUCCCUAAUGGUUUGUCUGCUGUGCAAUGUCACAUAUCCAGCCUUUAGUACAAUUUCAGGUCCUGUGUCUAAUGAUCGCCACGCCGUGCCUUGGAUGUAAGUUUUCUUACGAGCAUUUCAUUAUGCACGAGUCUCCUAAUGGAAACACCAGCAUUCUUGCUCAUGAAGCUCUCUGCUUUGAAGAAUUUCUUGGGGAAGACUGGAAGUGUGAACAUCUUAAUGUCAGUCCCUGGAGCCUCUUCUGAGUGAUGAAAUUUGAACACAAACAUGCAGUGGUGUACUUUUCCUGCACAACACACAACUCCGAUAAGGUAGCACACCGGUUAACUAGCGAUUGUCCUAAGUAUAAAAGCACAAAUGCAAGAGAGUAUUGUGUCCACAUCACUCUUGACUGCUUGGAAAACUGACUACAGAGCCAACCAAGGUCUACACCCACAACUAGACGGAUGUUCCGGAAGAGGACAGUUGAAAGAGAAUCUUUACCACCACCAUCAUCAAAAUGAUGCCUCAUCUGGAAUUGCAUUCUCUUCAAGUAUAUAUUUAGAAAUUAUUUUGUAAAAAUGUACGAUGUGGGAGGCUAUUUUUUAUUAGAUCAACAUAAAGAAAUUGAUAAAUGAGUCUUGGAGUAUAAUGGAGAAAAGAAAAUGUGAUGUUAAAGAUAAGGGAUGGAAAUAGGAAAUUUUGUAUGCCGGAAGCAGAAACUUCAGGCUUUACAAAUCACUAUUCUUGGAUUCUAUUUCUAUAAUUUUGAUUAUGUUGUUUCCCUUCAAAAUUGUAUUUAAGAAUAUCACAUGCUGGGCGAGGGUGGUACACACUUUUAAUCUGAGCACUCCAGAGGCAGAGCCAGGUGGUUCUCUGUGUUCAAGGCCAGCCUGGUACAGAGUAAGUAUCGGGGACAGCCAAAGCUGCACAGAGAAACCCAGUCUCAAAGAACAAAACAAAAAGAGAAUGUCUUGCAAGUAGAAGCUGUGAAUACUCCUAAAAGCACAGGCAAGAUGGUAAGAAGUGAAGAAGACAGAAAGGGAACACAGUCUAUCCCGGGCCGGGGCAGUUCUGACCUUGCUUUGCUGUGGGGCUUGUGCCAACACAAGCCCACUAGAUGAGGGUACUUCGGACUAAGUCCUAGACCAGACGUUGUCUUUAAAGACAAGUAUCCCAGGAGAGAGAUGGAGUAGAGUGCCAACCUUUUCUCUGUAAUGAAUGUGUCUCUUCUAUAUUGCAGCAGUCACAACUCCUCCUAGUGGUUUUAAGAGGUUACAAUUUGACCUCCUAACUUUCCCAAAAUAUGAAAAAAAAUAUGUAUUUAGUUUUUGAGACAGGGUUCAUGUAGCCCAGGUUACCCUUGAAAUUGUUAUGUAGUUGAAGAUGACCUUGAACUUUAACUUGCAGUGUCUGAGUUCUGAGAUCCCAUACUCAAUUUAUGUAGUACUGGAUUUGAACUCAGGACUUCAAGCAAGCUAAGCAAGAAUUCUACCAACUGAACUACAUUUAUAGUAUUUUUUCUUUUCUUUUUUCUCAUUGUAUUUAUUUAUUUUUUACUUUUUAAGAUUAUAAUUAGAUUUCUCCCUUCCUUCCUUCCGAAUCCUACUUACUUUCUUUCAAAUUCAUGACCUCCUUUUUCUCCUUUUUAAUUCUUUUUUUAAGACAGGGUUUCUCUGUAACUUUGGAACUUGUCCUGGAACUUGCUCUGUAAACCAAGCUAUCCUCAGACUCAUGGAGAUCCACCUGUCUUCGCCUCCCGAGUGCUGGGAUUAAAGGUAAGGAAACGUCUUUGUCACAGACUGAGACCAGUACCAAAACCCACAACCAGUCAAAAGGCGGAACUGUGGAACUCAGUCCUAGAGAAUGCAUCUACAAAACACUUUUGCAACAAAGGCUCAGGGAAAACUAUGGAAAGGGGGCAGAAAGUUUGUAAGAGACAAAGGAUCAGAGACUGCUGUGAGACCAUGUCUCCUAGGAAUGUCUGGGGCUAUAUCCAUAAAGUCACCAACAUGACUGCCCACACGUGAGCUGAACAAGGAUGGCACCAAUGGACAAAGUGGAUUGGGGAAAAGGUCAUGAGACCUCAACCCUAUAUGGUGCGGUGGUGCACACACCUUUAUCCCAGCACUCAGGAGGCAGAGGCAGGCGGAUCUCUGUGAGUUUGAGGCCAUCCUGGUCUACAGAACAAGUUCCAGGAUUGGCUCCAUAGCAACUGGGAAAGUCUGUCUCGAAAAACAACAAAACAAAACAAAAAACCACAAAAAACUACAGGACAAGCAACUGAGAAACUCCAGAAGCGGGCGAGGUCGUCUUCCUCAGGGAAGAGCACACCCAGUGUCAGCCUGAAAAACCUGCACAAGUGACAUUAUGCAAAUGGAGCAAGUCUUAUCUAAUUGGUUUUCUUGUCACCAAUUUGAACUUCCCUUGGCUCCUGGGCCUCUAGUUUCAACGUAACCAAUGAAACAAACAAACUAUUUUGCUGUUUGUUGUUCUCUUUGAAUUUUAUCUGAAAAACUGCACAAAUAGUAAAUCAAAGGAUUAAGUAUAUCGUUCUUCCAAUGAGUAUUAAGCCUUUUGCUAGAGUUUCUACAUGUAAGUACCAAAGAAAAGCUAUACUGUCAGAUGCUGAACAAUUAAACUAUAGAGCAAUUACAUAAAUGCACAAUUAAACUAUAGCAGUCAGAAUUACAGUGUGUUGAGAGAAUGUUCUCAAAGUGUAAAACUAAGAAAGACAUAAAAGAUGACCUGAAAAAUUGAAGAGGUCUCCCACUCUGUUAAGUGGACUAAUAAUAUUUAACCAUCUAGAUUAUCUCAAAUCUAGUAUGUAUAUUUUAAAAUAUAUUUUAAUAAAAAUGAUUUUUUGAGACUCUU